AUUCACGCAAGAGCGCACCUUUUUGAUUAGCUUCGUUUAGCAACGGGACGGGACGUAUUUAGUUCGCGUCCUUUUAUUCCAAUUUUAACAGCUGCUAGCCCCCUAAUAAUAAGAAGAGUGGAAUGCUAAACCAAUCAUGGAGACGAAUGUAUAAAUAUGGAUCUGUGUAAUAGCGCAGUAGGAGCGUACAUUUUUGGAUAUGCGGAGGAGCGAACCAGGGCGGAAUCGGCCAGCUGUUUAUUUCUCCGAGCCGAUCAGCAGCGACCGCAAAUGAAACGAGUUUCGUGUCUUGCUCUCCAGUCUACAAUUUUCUUUCAAGCUCUGCCUUAGUCCACUUCUUUUGUACCGAAAAGAAACAAAAAAUGUAUUCUCGAUCUACCAGGAAACUGAGAACAGCUGUUAUUGGACGAGAAGAAGAGGAACCGGGUCAGCUGUUGAUUCUCACGGUGAUAAAUGUCGCCUGCGAAAUACACAGUGAAGGAUACCCCUGCUACUACCACCACGGUUGGUACCGGUAUUAUUCAUUUACGUCCUUACGCAACAAACACUGCGGUCGGUCAUGAAAAUGUAGCAAGGGAAAUCCAAUCAUUAUUUUCAAGAGAAUAGAAGAAUCUUGGCUGGGAAGAACUAAAAAGAAACCACCAACCGUAAUCGCCACAAACUUCUUUUCAAAAAGCUUCGAGUUCAAACAGUAGUUGCUGCUUGUGUCACGAUCGUGUCGAUUGAUUCAUCGUCUACUCCCUUAUUCCAAACUCGUUUUAUUCUUUUUCGUGACAUUCUUUUAGAUCUCUUUUAGACAGUGAAAUGGAUAAACCUGUCGAGCUGGGAAAUGACGACGAUUAGUAGGCCGACUGGGAUCCCUACAAACUCAUGACAUCAAAUCCGACUGAAAUGAAACAUGGAUGUCAACUUUUUUUUAAAAAGGAGAACAAAAUAAUUGGAAAGAAUUUACGCGUUCAGCUAUAUAGAAGACAGAUUUUUACCCUGAUUCUGUUUUAUUUUGGAGCCGCCAUCUGUUAAAUAACGACUUCACCGAUUAGAAAAAAAAAAAACUAAGGGCCGACGACUCGUUAACGACCUAGAGCCACUCCCGCUGUUUCAUUUGCUGCCGCAAGAAAAAUGAGAACAUCAGCCCUUACCCUGCAGACUCACACAAAUUACUUCUUUAAUGAACAACAGUUGGGUUAAACGAGAAGUAUGUACCUACUGUGUGUAUAUCAAUUUCCCUCGAAAAAAGUUUUAAGUCUCGAUAAAUCACGAAACAGAUCUCACAUUCCAAAAGUGGUGAACAUUUCGAAUACUUUUUAGCGUCUUUGCAUAAAAUUUUUGGGUUUGCAUGAGAAAGCUCGAGUGAUGUGUCUUGGCAGUGCUGCGCAUGUUUCCUAACUGUUACAGAAUUCCGGGCGAUGAGUGAGCAAGUCUGGAACAUUGACGGAUAGUUGACAACAGACCAGAACGGAAAGAUGAACUCUGUCGAGACAGAUGCGAACGGCGCUGCUGAUCCGCUGCAGGCGAUGAACAAGGUAUUGGAAGAGUAUCCGGACGGCGGAGAGGAAUUUGAAGAGCUGAUCGCACCCGUCGAAAAACACCUGCGGAACGAAAUCCGGAAAAGAAACGCCCGCAUCCUGUUUAAGGUAUCCUGUUCUACCGCCUUGGCUCUGGUUACCAUUUUUGCCAUCGUCACCUACACUCCCGUCUACUCUCACCUGCGCGCCAUAAGCCGUAUCGGACUUAUCAAGUUGACUCCCUACUGGGACUGGAGUGAUUACUACCAUCGAGAUUGCCUGGUUGAUAAUACUUUCUCCAGCACGGAUGACUCUUUCUUACAGCCCGACUGUUUGGCUUGUGAAGACAUUGGGACUGUAGACGUCAUAACUAAUGUAUCGACAAAAUUACUAAUGGAUCAUUACAUCGAUCAAAAUAUCCCUGUCAUCGUGGGCGACGGUGCAAUUGAUUGGCCAAUAGUAAACGAUCCCGAUUUAAGUCUCGAUACGAUCGCCAAGGCGUACCGUGACGACGAUUCCGGAUGGAAGAUAUGUCAGUGGAAAAGUAACUUACUCCCGUCAUCCAUUGAACUUGACGAGUUUAUCCAACAGGUUAGCAGCUAUUCAUUCGAUCGGCCAUGGUUCGCACAAUGGGAAAACUGCGGUCGUAAAAGUGUUAAAACUGGACGUCGAUUCUACUCAAGACCCUACUUCAUAACGCCGGCUUUUGACAUUUCUUUUAAUAACUGGAUUCUCAUUUCUAAUCGUUAUCAAGCGCAACGCUUCAAACAAGUCAAACUGCAUACGAGAUUGGCAAUGAUUGCACAAAUUCGCGGAUCUAACCGUCUUCAGUUUCUCCCGCAACAGGCGUGUAAAUCUGAAUGUCCGUUAAUUCAAUUCACCUUGCUGGAAGGUGAAAUAGGUCAGUUCAAGGAAAAAGAAAAUAAUAAAAACAUGUACCGGUUGAAAACCUGUUUUAAAAAUAUAUAUUUUUUUAAAGCUCUCUUUAAUCCGAAACGGUGGGACUUGGAAUAUCAACCUGGAGGAGAUUCUUUAAAUCUGGGUUUCAUAAUUCAAGGAGAAAUUGAUUAA